CUAUCACCCGAAAUGCCACUUCUGACAAAAAUUUGAAAUCCGAAAGUACGUUGAUAGCUUUAAUGAACGAUUCUGUCCCAUAUGUACCACUCAUUGAAUAUACCUUAGAACUUCUUGCAGUUGCUGGUUCAAAAUUAAGUCGAUCAUAUUCUCCAAUAAAAAUAAUUACUAUUAUAACACCUGAAGCGCGUGCAGUUGGAGAUGCACUGAGAAAAUUAGAUGCAAAAAACAAUGGGAAAACUAAUGAAUGUGUUCAUUGUGAAACCGUGGAGCUCUAUCCGCGUAAAUGUCGCAUGGUUAUGGAUAUGGAAGUAUUCAAAAAGCAUGCCAAUGUUCAAAUACGUAAUGAUCUUAUCGAUUGUCAAAUUGAUACAGUACCAGCUUUAUUCACCGAGAAUUUUGAUUAUUAA